AACGCAGUGGCAAGCCCCGUCGGGAACGCCGAGAGAAGAAUUUCACGUACUUUAAGAAAGGCGGGGAAAAGCAGGACGUUUCAGUCAGCCUCCACGCAGUCCUUUGCCCGGCUUUGUCUGUGUCAGAGCUACGCAUUCUCCGUAAAGCCUGCGAAGGAGGCGUUCCCCCGAAAAGGUAGAGAGCGUGUGGAGAGCUGAGGUGUGCUGCAGAGUCUGACUCCCGGAGCACUGCACCUGUGUGACCUCCUGAGCCGUCAAGAGACUGAGAGGCUUAUGUGGAGGUUCUGGCAGAGGAAACAGUGCCUAGCAAAGACACCCAGGAGGAGGGAGAAGGAGAAAGGGGACGGGCAGCAGAGCUGAAACUCGCUGCAGCCAGCCAUGAGAUCAAUCCGUUCAUUUGCAAACGAUGACCGGCACGUGAUGAUGAAACACUCAACCAUAUACCCAUCUCCGGAGGAACUUGAAGCUGUCCAGAACAUGGUUUCCACAGUGGAGUGUGCCCUGAAGCAGGUCUCCGAUUGGAUGGAUGAAAUGAGCAAGUCCGCCAGGGCAGAGGGCAACACGGAGGGCAAAGAGGAAUUGGCGGACGGCGGCAAUAGCAAGGACCAAGGUGGACGGGUUUUGUGUGGAGUGAUGAGGAUUGGCUUGGUGGCCAAAGGCCUGCUGAUAAAAGAUGACAUGGACUUGGAACUGGUUCUUAUGUGCAAAGAGAAGCCCACAGAGACCUUACUAUCUCUCAUCAAAGAUAAUCUCCCCAUUCAAAUCCAGAAACUCACAGAAGAAAAGUAUCACGUGGAACAUCAUGUGGGUGAGGCAGCCAUCGUCAUCCGUAGCACAAAGGAGCUACCAUUAACCCUCAAGGUGACCCUAACCUCCCCCCUAAUCCGGGAUGAAGCUGAGAAGAAGGAUGAAGUAGACAAUGUUCCGAUGAAAGACCCUCCGGACUUACUCGACAGGCAGAAAUGCCUCGAUGCUUUGGCGUCUCUGCGGCACGCCAAAUGGUUCCAGGCCAGGGCAAAUGGACUAAAGUCCUGUGUAAUUGUGCUGCGUAUUCUGCGAGAUUUGUGCAACAGAGUCCCCACAUGGGCACCACUGAAAGGAUGGCCGCUGGAGCUGAUAUGUGAGAAAGCGAUCGGCACAUGCAAUAGACCAUUGGGCGCUGGUGAAGCUCUGCGGCGAGUGAUGGAGUGUUUAGCAUCGGGGAUCCUGUUCCCUGGUGGGCCUGGGGUACAUGAUCCCUGUGAACGGGAGCCGACGGAUGCCUUGUCCAAUCUGACUGUUCAACAAAGAGAAGCCAUUACCCACAGUGCCCAGCACGCAUUGAGACUGUCUGCUUUUGGCCAGAUAUAUAAGGUGCUGGAAAUGGAUCCUCUCCCUUCCAAUAAGUCGUUCCAGAAAUAUUCCUGGUUGGGGACCGACAAAGAAGGUGCAGGCUCCUCUGCUCUGAAGAGGCCUUUUGAAGAUGGGUUGGGGGAUGAAAAAGACCCCAACAAGAAGAUGAAGCGUAACUUGAGGAAAAUCCUCGACAGCAAAGCAAUAGAUCUCAUGAACGCCUUGAUGCGUCUGAAUCAGAUACGGCCUGGCUUGCAGUACAAGCUGCUUUCUCAGUCUGGCCCCGUCCAUGCCCCCGUCUUCACAAUGUCAGUCGAUGUGGAUGGCACAACAUACGAAGCUUCAGGACCUUCCAAGAAAACAGCCAAGCUUCAUGUUGCAGUGAAGGUUUUGCAGGCGAUGGGCUACCCCACCGGUUUUGACGCAGACAUGGACUGUACGAGCUCUGACGAGAAGUCUGAUACGGAAGGCAAAAAUGAGACAGUCUCUUCAAACUCAAGCAAUAAUACUGGAAACUCCACAAUCGACGCCUCAGCUACCUUGGAGGUGAGAACUCAGGGUCCCAUCCUCACGGCCAGUGGCAAGAAUCCAGUGAUGGAGCUCAAUGAGAAGCGGCGAGGUCUCAAGUAUGAGCUCAUUUCUGAGACGGGCGGCAGCCACGACAAGCGGUUCGUUAUGGAGGUAGAAGUAGACGGGCAGAAGUUCCGAGGGGCUGGUCCCAACAAGAAGGUGGCCAAGGCGAGUGCCGCAUUGGCCGCUCUUGAGAAACUCUUCUCUGGCCCCAACGCAGCCGCCAACAAGAAGAAGAAGAUUCUUCCACAGACAAAAGGGAUCGUAAACACAGCCAUGUCAGCCGCGGUCCAGGCAGCUCGAGGCAGAGGCAGAGGGGCGCUCACACGAGGCGCUUUUGUUGGGGCAGCCACUGCCACUGGUUACCUGGCGCCAGGCUAUGGGGCACCCUAUGGAUACAGCGCAGCUGCCGCCGCCCCAGCUUACGGUGGCUUUUUCAUUGACAGCCCUUACUGCCAACCUCUCGACAUCGCUCCCUUUAUCAUUCACUUGGGCCCUCAAGAUUUCUUCUCUGACUUCUAGAGCAAACAGGUCGUGCGGUUUGAAAAAGGUGCUUUUUUUCCACAAAUGAUUUUUAAAAGCGAGAGCUAACAGGACUUGGAAGGGGGGUGGGGAAGGAGCCUUCAGCAUCAGAUUGGGACACUCUAGUUUUCUCUUCCAGGAAAAAAAAGAAGUUUGUGUAUAUUUUUUUAAUCCCUACUUUCCUGAACUCCAAAAAGCAAUACUCUCUUCCCCAGCUCUCAAAACUCACAGCAAUAGAUGUACAUAGAAUGUCAUUUGGCUGCUUCUGCUUUCCUUUAAGGAGACAAAAGUUGAAACCAUGUUUUCAUGUUCUGAGCACUGGCUUGCUACUCAAAUUGGCUCGCUGAACUCCACUUCUGGCUUUUGAAAGUGACUCAAGAGUGAGCAACUGGAGGGAAUCCUUACAGCAAUGGCAGAGGGAGGUUUUCCAGCCGUAUUUGUAAUUAUGUGGUUGGUGGGGAGAGGAGUUUCAAGAAGCUUCAGUCUUAAUGCACAACUUCGUGAAACUCAUCUGCCCUUUCAGCUGCAGGUCUCUCUCUCUUUCUGUCUCCCCCCCCCAAUCAUCAUUAAGACUUGCCCUAACGGUCCAAAGAGUGCCCUUGACGAGCUGUGGAGGAGCAAAUGUCGUAGGGCAAAACCCAACAAACACAGUAGGUCUAUCAAAGCCCAAACAGCUGGUGUGUGUGCCGGUAAGAAGAGAGCAAGUCUUAGUUUCAGAUUUGGUUAAGAGUCAACCCUUGCUUGUAAAAUGGGAGCAAUAAGCCUACCUUGCAGGGUUUUUUUUUUUAAAGGACAGGUAAAUCACUUAUAUAAGCGAGGUAGCCAAUUCUCAAGUCCUGUUGGAAUGACGGGGUGGGGGCAGGAGCACACCCCUGUAUUCAUUGUACACAGCUCCUUGUAUUCAGUCAUUCCAGGAGAGCUUGCACCGCAGAAACUAUGUGGAUUGUGCCCUCAAUCCUGUCCAGUGGAGGUGGGACGGCAGGAGGUUUAAUAGCAAUCUCAAUCCUAGUUGCUGUGGACUUGUGUUUAUAAAAUUAAGCUGAAAAGUGGUGGCUGGAAGAAAGAAAAGUGCUUUUAUUAUCAGCCUGGAGAAUAUUUCUGUUGCUGCCUUUUCAGUCUUGCUCCUCUCUCACUGCACCUGAAUACACAUGCCACUGUCAAGGCUUUCAUUCAUAUCUUUUAGUUACAAGACGGAAUGUAAAUAUCCAGAGAGGGGGAAAUUACUUUAUUCUUUGGGGGGGGGGGUUUCCUUAACAUGCCAGUUUUUUUUUAAAUGUAUUUAUUUGUUUGGUUAAAGACCAAUUAAGUUGUCUUUUUAGUUUCAUGCUCAAGAAAUUAAGUUUAAGGAAAA